AUGGCAGCGGAACAAGAAAAGGCUAAAUCAAAAGUUCACAAGCUCUCACUCAAGGGAUCCUCUAAGCUGGUUGCCGAAUUUUUUCACUAUUCUAUAAAUACAAUACUCUUUCAGCGUGGCGUAUACCCGGCCGAAGAUUUUACGGCGGUGAAAAAAUAUGGACUAACCAUGCUGGUUUCAUCUGACGACCAGGUCAAAUCUUACAUUAAAAAAAUUAUGUCCCAGCUCGACAAGUGGAUGGUCAAGGGUAAAAUAUCUAAAUUAGUGGUUGUCAUCACUUCCAAAGACACUGGCGAAAACGUGGAGAGAUGGCAAUUUGACGUACAGAUUCUUAACAAGGAAACAAAAAAAGUGACGCAGAAUCCAGUCAUCAACGAAAAUGAAACUCCUGGGUUUGAUAAAGCGCCAUCUGUAGAGAAAUCCGAAUCUGAGAUUCAGUCCGAAAUUCAGUCAAUCUUUAGACAGAUCACCGCAUCCGUCACGUUCCUACCAGAACUCCAAGGCGAUUGCACCUUCAACGUUCUUGUCUACGCUGAUGCAGACAGUGAUGUUCCGAUAGAAUGGGGAGACAGCGAUGCCAAAGAGAUAAAGGAUGGUGAAAGGGUUCAACUACGGAGUUUUAGCACCGCAAACCAUAAAGUAGAAACUUUAGUUAGUUAUCGGCUCUCAGACUAG